AUGUCGGACACUGAUUACAUAGAUAUCGGACAAUUGGAGGCCAAUGCUAGUAACGCUUUCAUCGAGCUCAAGAAUUCUGACACAGAACUGGAUAGAGCGAACAGGGCCUUGAAUUUCAAGUACUAUGAAUGGACGAAGGGCACCAUCGAUGAUAACAUUAUUACGGAGCGCCAUAAAUUAGAAGAGCAGGCCGACGUGUUAAAAACAUCACGCGCCAAUCAUCUGGUCAGAUACAGAGAAGCCGUCGGUAAAGCUGAAUACCAAGCAAAAACCUGUGGUCAGAACAUUGUCGAUUUUAAUAAGAAGGAUAGGGAGCUCGCAUCACUUGGAACCCGAUUGGAUAUUCAGGAGAGAGUGCGAGCUGAGUGGAAAGAGCUUUUCGACAACAGAACAGAGUAUAAAACCUAUGUGAAGACAGCUCUAAACACAGGAACUCAAUCUGCCAAAGAAUAUAUCCAACAAUCAGAAGACUUGCAAAGCAAAUUUCUGAACCGUGAGAGCUCAACACAGGGAUCCUGGCCACCAGAUAUGAUUAUGAAGAAGAAAGAGCACGAUGAAUCAGUGACGAAAAUCACACAACUCAUUUCCUCCUUCUCCCCAACCAGCCAGCUUCGUAAAACGUUGAAAAUUGAGGUCGACACUUGGAAUUCGAUCUGCGGGAAGGCACAAUUUCAGGAGAAAAGACUCAGAAUGCUCUGUCCUGUAGGUUCGCUACCUCCUUCCAGUGAGAGCGGAUCCGAUUCCAGAGACCAUACCACGCCGACAAAGACAGAUCAUUCUGAUAACACACAUGAGAAUUCUGAACCCGACUGGUCGAUAGGAGGCCAUUACUCGGAAAAGCUCGUGGAUUGGUGGAACAUGUAG